UCUUAUCUAACUCUAAACAUUAUCCUAUCCUAUAAGAGUUGAAAAUUUUGUACACAUUUGAAGAGUAAUGGAGGUUGGUUUGGUUGAACAAGGUAGAGAAAGAGUUGGACAUGUUAAUAAGGUUGGUUAUGUGAAAAGGGUCAUUGCAAAGAAAAGGAAUAAGCCUUAUAAUCGUAGGGUUAAGAGGAAUGUUCCAAAGGCACUUCAAGAGCUAUUUGAUUCAUGCAAGCAAACAUUCAAAGGUCCUAACACGGUUCCUUCACCACAAGAUGUUCAUAAACUUUGUCACAUCCUUGAUAACAUGAAGCCAGAGGAUGUUGGACUAAGUAGAGAUCUACAAUUUUUCAAGCCUGGAAAUAUUAUUAAAGAGAACCAAAGGGUCACAUACACCACAGUUUACAAGUGUGACAAUUUCUCUCUAUGUAUAUUUUUUCUACCUGAAAGAGGAGUCAUACCACUCCAUAACCACCCGGGCAUGACUGUUUUUAGCAAGCUUUUAUUAGGGCAAAUGCACAUUAAAUCUUAUGACUGGGUUGAUUCUGAGGCCUCUCACAACUUGUUGCAACAACAACAACCAUCAAAAUUGAGAUUGGCAAAGUUAAAGGCAAACAAAGUGUUCACAGCACCAUGUGAUACUUCAGUGUUGUAUCCAACUACUGGAGGCAACAUUCAUGAAUUCACAGCCAUAACUCCAUGUGCUGUUCUUGAUGUCAUUGGUCCACCUUAUUCUAAAGAAGAUGGCAGAGACUGUUCAUAUUAUAGAGAUUACCCUUGUGAUACUUUUCCAAAUGAAGUGAAAGACAAAAAUGAUAGUUAUGCAUUGUUAGAAGAAAUUGAGAUGCAAGAAAAUUGUCAAAUGGAUGGAAUUGAAUAUCUUGGUCCUCCUAUUAAUGACACAGAUUUUUAGUUACAACAUGUAUUAAUUCCAUUAGCAUAUCUUAUCUUAAUAUACAAAGUGUAACAAGUUACAUCCCUUUU